UACGCUGUUACUCGGUAAAUUUUCUCGUUCGAAAUGCAAGUACCGCUAGUGGUAUAUUAUCUGUCGUUAUGCGUCGCUACAUUAGGAGUGGAGCUGACCCCCAAAGAUUGGUGGGAGAAAGCCGGUUUCUAUCAGAUCUACCCACGCUCGUUCAAGGACAGUGAUGGCGAUGGGAUUGGUGAUUUGAAUGGAAUAACUUCCAAGCUCCCAUACCUGAAGGAGCUAGGCGUCAGAGCAUUCUGGAUGUCUCCAAUCAACAAAUCUCCUAUGGUGGAUUUCGGCUACGACAUCUCAGACUUCCGAGCGAUCCAACCAGAAUAUGGAACGAUGCAGGACUUUGAAAACUUGGUGAAGGAAGCGCACCGCCUCAACUUGAAAGUGAUUAUGGAUUUUGUGCCGAACCACUCCAGCGAUAAGCAUGAGUGGUUUAUCAAAUCGGAAGCGCGUGAAUCCGGGUAUGAAGAUUUCUACGUGUGGGACGACGGUAUUCCGAACCCGGCAGGUGGACGAAAUUUACCACCUACAAACUGGCUGCAGGCAUUUCGUCGCAGUGCCUGGCAGUGGAGCGAGAAUCGGCAGCAGUACUACCUGCAUCAAUUCACUGUUGAGCAACCGGAUUUGAACUACAGAAAUCCCGUUGUAGUAAGAGAGAUGAAAGAUGUCAUUCGGUUCUGGUUGGAUAAAGGCGUUGAUGGCUUCCGUGUUGAUGCCGUGCCUUUCCUGUUUGAAGUUGUGAAACUUCAAAACGGUUCAUACCCGAAUGAACCGACGAGUGGAUUAACGAUUGACCCGGAAGACUUCGACUACCUCGAUCAUAUCUAUACCCAGAAUCAACCAGAAACUUUGGACAUGGUCUACCAGUGGCGAGAGCUGGUCGAUCAAUACCAGCAGGAAAAUGGUGGGGAAACAAGGGUACUCAUGACCGAGGGUUAUACAAGUUUGGAAAUUCUAAGAGAGUACUACGUAAGCACUACGACUAAAAAACAUGGUUCGCAUAUGCCGUUUAAUUUUGGUUUUAUUGCGGACUUAAAUCGAACCUCUGGGGCAUUCGAUAUCGUCAAGGUCAUUCAGUCGUGGAUGAAUAUUGUGCCGCAGGGCCAUGCAGCGAACUGGGUUAUGGGUAAUCACGAUCGGCCUCGUGUGGGUACGAGAUUCGGUGAAGAGCGAAUCGAUGCAAUGAAUAUGAUCCUGCUGAGUCUACCGGGUGCUACAGUUACCUAUCAGGGGGAAGAAAUAGGGAUGACAGAUGUCCGUAUUUCAUGGGAGGAAACCGUAGAUCCAGCAGCUUGUAAUGCAGGUGAAGCACUGUAUGCCACGAAGUCAAGAGAUCCUUGCCGAACUCCGUUCCAGUGGGAUGAUUCCGCGAUGGCAGGAUUCACUAGCGGAAAUAGAACUUGGCUACCGGUAGGAUCAAACUACAGAUCCAUAAACGUGAAGGUAGAGGAAGCCGUGACCAAAAGUCAUCUGAAUGUGUACAAAGCAAUGAUGAAACUACGAGAGUAUAAAACCUUCCGUCACGGGUCAGUGAAAACCCGAGCGUACAACGAUAACGUGUUGGCGAUUGUGCGAGAACUGGAGGAUCACAACACUUACAUAACGUUAGUGAAUCUCGGGACGAAAAUUGAAGUGCUCGACGGAGUCGGUUUAGCCAGUCGGUUACCAUCGAAGAUGAGAUUCGAGGUUGUUGGAACGUCUUCUCACCACAUUAAAGGGGGUGUUAUGGCAACAAAUGAUAUCGUUUUGCUUCCGUAUGAAUCUUUUGUGUUGGUGGCAAAGCUUUCGCACUCUGAUCGUCUGCACGAGGAUAUCUGUGAAGUCUGGCUGGAGUAGGUUUACAAAUUAAAAUCUGCGUGCACAAAAGUUCGAGCCGAUUUCAUUAGCAUUAAUAAUUCUUCGAUUAUAGCCUAAUAAGCAUAUCAAAGAGUGAUAUAAUUUCCUUUAUGAAAUUGGUAAAAAGGGAGCAUUAGGUUGAUGUCGCGACUAGCUAAGAUGUAUCUAACCGUUAAGUGAGAUUACCUCCCAAGUACCCUGAGUGGUUCCGAUAGAUGAGACCUGGCAGAAUUGAAGAAUAAGCAUAGUUCAUAAUAACGAUAUAAAGAAUCAUACAUUAGCGACUUCACAGUUUAGUGUCUUCGCGUGAACGAACCCUUAAAACAUUUCACUGAUCUGUCAUUGUCAAAACAUUAAUCGAAAUCCACAUUUUAUCAUGGUGAAAUACACGAACGAGCAAACGCAUAAUAAUUAUUAAAACUUACUACCGACAUUCGGAGUCGGUAGUUGCAACUUUAA